CAACAUCGCGUCUUCCAAGUCUUUUGUUCGCGUACGCACGCGUUCGAUGCAUCCGCGUGAUCGGCGUGACUCGCAUCACAUUCGCGAUCGCCUCAUUGUUCUGUACUGGCAACGUGUGCGCGACUCCUAGAUAUCCAAAGCGAAGCGUCGAUACUCGGACGCGACCGUUUGAAUGCCGUAUUGGUAUUCAAGGAACGGAAUUAAGUGACGAAAUUAGAGGAGCAGCAGGUUCUUCUCGGCUCCUCCUUUCUCUCUCUUUUUUUUUUUUUUUACGGUACACGCAGUACACGGGAGUGACUCAUGCCGUGUGCUUCACGCACGUGCCGUGCACCGUGCGCUGCGUCAUGUGAAAAUCUCUCUGGAUAUGUUCGGAGCCCUCAGGAAUUUCCUUGUCCUGUUUUCACGAUCAUAUCAUGUCUUUAUUGUUAUUUAAACAAUACACGGAGUUUUCAAUUUUUACCAAACUACGUCGCGAAUUUUCAUUGGCGACAAGUUUAACGUAUAAAGAGAGAACGAUUUUACCAAAGCAUCUAAAAAUGUAGUUAUAGAUACAUAUCUAAAAAUAAUUGACGUUUCAGCAAAAUCGUUCUCUCCGUGCAUGAUCUAUGGUGGAUUUUUCCGGUGUUUAGUUUGCUGAAGGCUAUAAAUUGAGAGUAUGCGGAAAGUAGUAUUGGCAAGUGCAAAUUUAACGUGUUCCUUUUUGUUCGAAGAACACAUGUCCAGUGAACUAAGUUGUUUUAUAUUUAAAGUCUCGAGAAAAUGAUUGAUAUUCAUGGAAACGUUCGCGUGUCGACAAACUUUCUGCGCGCAUGCAGCGUUAUAGCCACUUCCGUUCGUGGUUUCCGUUCCGUGUUUUUCUAUCGAUGAAACAAGCCGAUGGCCCAAAUGUAUAUUAACGUAAUUCAAUAGGUAAACCUAAUUUAUUCCUUAAAUUUCGUCCUUUAAUUCUCUAGGAAUAUCUAAACGUAUUUAAAUAUAUAUAUUUUAAAUAUGAAAAAAAACGCCCGCAAAACAAACUCGAAAGUUUAAAAGUUAAGUUCCACCCUAUCGCGAUAUUUAUAGAUUCCCUCGCGAUUGAUUCUAAUUAAGAGUGUGUGAAGGAUGAAUGAAUUAACCUUCUGAUUCACUGAGACUAACGAUCCGCGCAUUGAUAUUCGACUGCUAUAUAAUUUAUUGCCAGCGUCGAGUAGUCAAUUAAAGUUCACAUUUUUCGACGUUAUUUAACAAAAUAUAAAUAAAUAUAAAUAAAUAUGAUAUCGAUAUAAAUUCUGAAUACUUGUACAUUAACAAUUUAUACAGGAAAACGUAACACAUUCUACGUUUUUAAAAUGACAUUUAAAGUAAUGCAUGUCACAUGAUUUUCGAGUUGAAAGUAUUAAAAUUAAAUCUCAGCUUAUGAUUUUCAUCCAGUAAAACCUUUGUAUCAUGUAUUUUAUCUGUCGCCAAGUGCAUGUCCUCCACCCACGACACCGAGUUGACAGCGAGUAAUGUGUGAUAACGUCGCUUCCGGUUAUGGGGACGCGAAACAAACGCCAAGCAAAGCGGAGAAAAUAACAAUUUCUUCAUCGCGCAACUGCAUUCGCUUCACCUGGUGCGUACACCUGGUCAGAUCAUGACCCUCCCUCCGAAAGAAUGACCGCUGGAGUGGAACUCGUGCUAACUGCGGAACCCCAUUUUAUUCCAGGAUAUUCCGGUUAUUGUCCGCAGUACCGAUUCAAUCACGGUGAAACCUACGCAAAAGCCACGCAUAAACUGCUGCUCGAUCCUGCGAUUAAGCACGCGAGAACGCUUGUCCUAGCAGAUCGCGCAGCCGUCGAUUACGAGGCAUGGCGACCAUCGAAAAGCGAUGUAAACGUGGUCAAUACUCGGUUCAAGAGGACCGAUCCCCUUUUCGUUCACCCCAUGUUACCAGGAUACGAGGGCUUCGUACCGGGAUCGAACGCCAGACUCGGACAAAGAUACGCGGUGUGCGCGACCGAAGGUCUCGCCGACUUCGAGCGACUACGAUUGCGAAACAAGGCGGCUUUAGAUCGACUGAGGAGAACGGUCGACGUGCAAUGCGGACGAGCCGAGCCGCGGAAUUUGGAGGAACGUUUGUUAAUUAAGAGUCAAUUUAAAUUACCCUUGCUUACUGUACGACCUGAAUACGUGGCAGCGACUAACGAUUUACCGUCAGAUAAGAAGUGCGAAGAAUCGAAGAACUACCUGUCCUCGUUUUACAUAUGAAAUAUGCAAUUACUGAAUUUACUAGUUGUACAAAGUAUAAUUAUUAAAUAUGAUUAAAUAUCAAAAAUAA